AAAAAUAAACAAAAAAAUAUAUGUCAACUUUCUAAAAUAAGAAAAAUAGAUUAGGAAAGAGCUGAAAUGUCAAAGUUACCUAAAGCGGCCCUCAGUUUAAAGCAGUUUAUGCUGCGCCAGGAAGUCCUCAAACUCUACAGAGACAUCUUCAGAACGAUACGCCAGGUUCCUGAUAAAAACAGCCAAUCAGAGCUGCGAGCCUGGGCACGGCAUGACUUUGAGACAAACCGCAACCAGAGCGACGAGGUUGCCAUUAAGAUGCUCCUCCAGCACGGAAGGCGCAGCCUCACAGAGCUGAGAACCAGCCUUCACUUGAGCGGUAUGAGCCAGGAAAAGUAA